AUGGAAUCCGCCAUUUCCUUAUCUUCUUCCUCUCUUCUCCUACCUUCGCCUCGCCGCCGGCUCGGCUCGAACUCACAAGCCUCAAUCUCGCUCCGGAACCUCCGCCGUCCGAGCCUCAAAUCCAGAAGCUUCCUCGCUCCGUCUCUUUCCCGCCAAAACCGGCCAAUCCGAUCUCAGAGCUCCAAUCAUCAGCCGGUCGACGACGGCUUCGUCCUCGAAGACGUUCCUCACCUCACCGAUUUCCUCCCAAACUUGCCGUCAUAUCCGAAUCCACUUCAACAGAGCCAAGCUUAUGCAGUUGUCAAGCAAACUUUUGUGAGCCCGGCGGAUGCGGUUGCGCAGAAAGUUGUUGUUCAAGCUGAUAGUCCUAGAGGGGUGCAUUUCCGGCGAGCAGGGCCUCGGGAAAAGGUUUAUUUUAAGUCGGAGGAAGUGCGUGCCUGUAUAGUAACGUGUGGAGGUUUAUGCCCCGGGAUCAACACUGUGAUUCGAGAGAUAGUAUGCGGCUUGAACUACAUGUAUGGUGUUGAGGAUAUACUUGGAAUUGAGGGAGGAUAUAGAGGUUUUUAUUCAAAAAAUACAUUAAAGUUGAAUCCGAAAGUUGUCAAUGAUAUCCAUAAGAAGGGUGGCACCUUUCUUCGCACUUCACGAGGAGGUCAUGAUACCAACAAGAUUGUUGAUAACAUACAGGACCGGGGAAUAAAUCAGGUAUACAUAAUUGGAGGUGAUGGUACCCAAAAAGGAGCAGCUCUAAUAUAUAAGGAAGUUGAGAAACGUGGUCUUCAAGUGGCAGUUGCUGGGGUUCCUAAAACAAUUGAUAAUGAUAUUGCUGUGAUAGACAAAUCUUUUGGUUUUGACACUGCUGUUGAAGAAGCUCAGAGGGCUAUUAAUGCUGCACAUGUCGAAGUUGAAAGUGUAGAUAAUGGAAUCGGAAUUGUCAAACUGAUGGGAAGAUACAGUGGCUUCAUUGCUUCAUAUGCAACUUUGGCAAGUCGAGAUGUGGAUUGUUGCUUGAUUCCAGAAUCUCCAUUCUAUUUGGAAGGCCAGGGUGGACUUUUCGAAUUUAUUGAACAGCGUCUUAAAGAAAAUGGACAUAUGGUUAUCGUAGUAGCAGAAGGAGCAGGACAGGAGUAUGUUGCCCAGCAAAUGCAGGCUGCUGGACAGAAAGAUGCAUCCGGAAAUAAGCUGCUCCUAGACGUUGGUCUAUGGUUAACCCAAAAGAUUAAGGAUCAUUUUGCAAAAGGUCAGCAGAUGGCAAUAAAUAUGAAGUAUAUAGAUCCAACAUAUAUGAUACGAGCUAUUCCAAGUAAUGCAUCAGACAAUAUAUACUGCACUCUUUUGGCUCAUAGUGCUGUUCAUGGGGCCAUGGCUGGAUAUAGUGGUUUCACGGUUGGGCCUGUUAACAGCAGACAUGCCUACAUUCCAAUUUCUUGUGUGACAGAGACGCAAAACACAGUGAACUUGACAGAUCGAAUGUGGGCUAGACUUCUUGCAUCAACGAACCAGCCUAGUUUCUUGGAGAGAAAUGAGUUUCAGGAUGGAGUUGAUUUGAUGAACAGCAACAUGGAAAAUACCUCUAUAUAAAUAUACGCAGCUGAGACCAGUUCUUUCACAAAUGGACAGCACACAAGUUCUUGCAUCUGCUAGCCGGUCUGAGGUAUAUUACCAUUCCGACGUAGUUUUAUACCAUCCAGUUUCGUAGUGCACUUAAUUUAGAUAUUGGUAAAAUUCUUGUAAAGAUAUUUAACAGAAAGAGGGUAGAUAGAGGAUGAGAAAGAGAUAAGAGUGGGAGAAAUUGCUAGAAUAAAAAUAGAAAAACAUUAAAAUAGCUUUAAAUUCCAUUUAAAAAAUAUUCCACAAAUUUUCUCUCCCACUUAAUUCUUUGAUCAGUCCUCUAUUUCUCAGCUCUUUCUUCCAUUCUUUAAGAUUUCUUGAUAUAGGAUAUGUUCAAGUCUGUUGUAAUUGACAGAGACCAAAAUCAAUUAAAUUUGAAUUCCAC